AUGGCCUCCGCUCUCGCCUCCAAGCGCCUCUUCCACGAAUACCGCACUCUAUCCCAAGGCAGCGUGGAGGGUAUCACCGCCGGGCCCGUCUCAGAAGAAAACCUUUUCCUCUGGGAAGCGCUCAUACAAGGCCCCGAGGGAACACCGUAUGAGGGCGGCAUAUUCCCCGCCGAGCUCAAGUUUCCGAAAGACUACCCGCUCAGUCCACCAAAGAUGACGUUCGUGGGGAAGUUGUGGCAUCCGAAUGUCUACCCCAACGGCGAAGUCUGCAUCUCGAUCCUCCACGCGCCCGGCGACGAUCCUAUGCACUAUGAGAAGGCGUCGGAGCGGUGGUCACCGAUACAGAGCGUGGAGAAGAUACUUAUUAGUGUGAUGAGCAUGCUGGCAGAACCGAAUGAUGAGAGUCCGGCGAAUGUGGAGGCGGCCAAGAUGUGGAGGGAGCGAAGACCGGAGUUUGAUCGGAGGGUUAGGGAGAGUGUGAGGGCUAGUUUGGGAUUGUAA